AAUGGCGUUGCAGCAGCGCUAGCUAGUCUCGAUGUUGUUCAUAACUGUUAUGGUUUUUGGUGUCACUCUUGCGGGUUUUUUCGUUCUUUGCAGCUGAGACCCAUAGUCUCGGGAGCCCACUGACUCCCCAGAAUAAAAUACGUGGUCGGAAACGAGAUACUGGCAACUUUUGGAGAAUAAUUUGCUUCCUUUACGUAGGCCUAAGUGCAACCUCGGCACCUGGCGAAGGAGGCAGACCGCCUUCCCGUCCGUGGCUUUCCGCAGCUGCUGAUAAUUCGGAAGCGGUGUAGAGCCAUGGUGAAUUUGGUAUCGCCUGUGUGACGGAGCCUGUCACUGAAACCCAACUUCAGUCCACCUGACUCACCGGGCUUAACCCUGGGAGCCGAAGGCCCCCUUGUUACUGAACUUGGAACUGUCCAGUUUUACGGUGAACCAAGGGCAGCUUUAAUUUGCUACACAGUCCAAUCAAAUCCAGCAGUCUUGAACAAGGCAGAAGACUUGUGCGCUCCGGCGUCAAGCGUCCCCCUGUUUCCAGAAUGGCAUCGGUUCCCGUCUACUGCCUCUGUAAGCUCCCCUAUGAUGUCACGCGCUUCAUGAUUGAGUGUGACAUCUGUCAGGACUGGUUCCAUGGAAGCUGUGUCGGAGUGGAGGAGGAGAAGGCUGCAGAAAUCGACCUGUAUCACUGCCCCAACUGCCAGGUCUCACACGGCCCUUCUGUCAUGCGAAAGCGGCGAGGGAGUCACAAGCAGACAGACAGCGGCAGCGCGGGGCGAGAGGCGGGCCGCCCGGUGAAGACCGGCAGCUCUCAGUUCAUCAGAGAGCUUCGCAGUCGCACCUUCCCCAGUGCGGACGAGGUGCUGCUGAAGCCGACGGGAGCCCAGCUGACGGUGGAGUUCCUGGAGGAGCGCUCCUUCAGCGUGCCCGUGAUGGUGCAGCGUAAGGACGGCCUGGGAAUGAGCCUGCCGCCCCCCUCCUUCUCCGUGUCCGAUGUGGAGCACUACAUCGGCUCCGACAAGGAGAUCGACGUGAUCGACGUGUGCCGUCAGGCCGACAUGAAGAUGCGCCUGGGAGACUUCGCCCAGUACUACAACAGCCCCAACAGAGACCGCGUGCUCAACGUCAUCAGCCUGGAGUUCUCCGAGACCAGGCUGUCUAACCUGGUGGAGACACCAAAGAUUGUGCGGAAGCUGUCGUGGGUGGAGAACCUGUGGCCGGAGGAGUCUGUGUUCGAGAGGCCCAACGUGCAGAAGUACUGCCUCAUGGGGGUGAAGGACAGCUACACUGACUUCCACAUCGACUUCGGGGGCACCUCCGUCUGGUACCACGUGCUGCGGGGAGAGAAGAUCUUCUACCUCAUCAGGCCCAGUGCAGCUAACCUGGCCCUGUUUGAGCACUGGAACUCCUCGUCCAAUCAGAAUGAGCUCUUCUUCGGCGACCAGGUGGACAUGUGCUACAAGUGCGCCGUCAAGCAGGGGAACACCCUCUUCAUUCCCACAGGGUGGAUACACUCAGUUCUGACCCCGGUUGACUGCUUGGCGUUUGGCGGUAACUUUCUGCACAGCCUCAACAUCGACAUGCAGCUCCGAGCGUACGACAUAGAGAAGCGUCUGAGCACCGCCGACCUGUUCAAGUUCCCCAACUUUGAGACUGUGUGCUGGUACGUGGGGAAGCACCUGCUGGACACUUUCAGAGGGCUGAGGGAGAACCGCAGGCAUCCUGCCACCUACCUGGUCCAUGGCGCCAAGGCUCUGAACAAUGCCUUCCGUGGCUGGACACGCAAAGAGGCUCUCUCUGAACAUGAGGAGGAAAUUCCCGAGACGAUUAAAACCCAGCAGCUGAUCAAGGAUCUGGCCAAGGAGAUUCGCCUGGUGGAGGACAUCUUCCAGCAGAACCUGGGGAAGACGGGCGCUCCGUUCGGGGCCUCCCGCGCCGUCUCCUCCUCCCUCUCCAGCGCUACCCCCACCGCCCCCCACACGCCGGGCCGCCCCCCGGGCAGGAAGAGAGGCCCCAAACCCAGAGAGGGGGGCGCUGGGGCCCCCGAGGUGAAGAAGAGGGGGAAGAUGCUGAAGGCGGGGUCAGGUGACCUGGACCUGCUGGAGAUUCACACCAAACACACGCUGAAGAAGCACCAGCCGGGGAACAAAGGCAGGAGCAAGCAAGCGGCCUGCCUGGACGACCUGGAGGGGGAACUGAACAAGAGCAAGCUGAGGCUGGUGCUGACCAAUGGCAAAGCACUGGGGAAGAAAGGUGGUCGCUCAGCCAGUGGUGGAAGGGCAGGGGGCGUGGCCCAGUUCCAGCCAUUGAUUGGCCAGGUGGAUGAUAUGGAAGGAGAGGCCUUUUCUGACUUUGAGUCGGAGGAUGAGCUGCAGAUCGACGAAACCCCGCCCUCCAAGCGCAGAGCAAAAACACAGACCAAGAAGAGACUGACAGGUCUGCCCAGGAAACUGCCCCGUGCUAAGCCGUGCUCUGACCCUCACCGUGUGCGGGAGCCUGGAGAGGUGGACUUUGAUAUCGAGGAGGACUACAGCACAGACGAAGACUCCCUGACUGUGCAGGGGGUGAAAGGAGGCGCUGGGGGGAUUCUGGACCUGCUGAAGGCCAGCAAGCAGGUGGCUGGUCUGGAUUCUGCUCUUAGUGAGGACGCCCCAGCCUCUCCCAGCACACGCGAUGCCAUACAGGGCAUGCUGUCCAUGGCCAACCCCCCCUCCUCCUCCUCUUCCUCCUCCUCCUCCUCCCUCUCCGUGGCUGGGAGCACGGGGAAAGGAAAAGGGGGCGGGUCCUCGUGGUGGGCGGGUGCGGCCCAAAAAAGAAAAGGCGCCCCCGAAAAGAAAAGUGCCGUCCAGCGGCCGGGGAAACGUCCAAUCAAGAAACCCGCCCGCCACAUCAGCGACGGGGACGAGAGCGUUGACGAGCAGGAAACGCUGGGAACCUGCUUCAAAGACUCGGAUUACAUCUAUCCCUCCCUGGAGUCAGAUGAGGAAGACCACGCCAUGAAGUCCAAGAUGAAGAGGAAGAGGAACACAGACGACAUACCGUGGAACCCCAAAGCGCGUGUGACCCCCACCCUGCCCAAGCAGGAGCGCCCCCUGCGGGAAGGGGCCAGGGUUGCAUCCGUGGAGACUGGGCUCGCUGCUGCCGCAGCCAAACUGGCACAGCAGGAACAGCAGAAAACCACCAAGAGGAAAUACACCAAAAAGCGCCCGCCGGCACCGAACCCCGCCCAGGUGCAGCCCCCGCGCGCUCCGUCCCCCAGCUCGCCCCCGCCCCCUGACCCCCCCUCUGACUGCGGGGUGGAGGAUCGGAGGGUGGAGUCCUUCUCGGCCAGCCUGCUGGACCACGAGUACACAGCGGGCCCCGGGCCGUUCGGGCAGGGCGGCCCCCGGGGCUCCGGCGCCAUGGCCCCCGGGGUGUUCCUGUCCUCCAGACGCCCCUCGCUCUCCCCCCAGAACAGCAGCAGCCUCUCCCCCUCUGCACACUCUCCUGCAGGGGGCGCCAGCGCCACAAUGGGACAGGGGAAGCGCAUGAAGAAAGGCUUGGCCACAGCCAAACAGAGACUGGGGAAAAUACUCAAGAUUCACCGCAACGGCAAGCUGCUCCUGUGAGGACAGCCGCAGGGCUUGACCCAGCAGUGAGGGCUCAUAUCCUCCAGGGGAGGGGUUUGUAUACAGGCCAGGGUUUUUAUGGACGGACAGAAAUGGGAGUGCAGGUGCGUGGCAGUACAGGGAGGGUCGCGUAAUGGAGGGGGUUCGUUCGCUUUUUAUUCCGCUGAAGAUCUCAUUCCAUCCCUACUCUCGCUCCCAAGGGUUUGUCCUUCGCUAAACUCGUCCCUCAGUAUCACACUUGCUCCGCCCCUCCCUGUCAGACAGAGUCCAGUGCACACUGCUUCCCUCCAUCGGCCCCAGUCAGAACCGGCAGAAUCCAGGUAUUUUAUCUCUGUAUAUGCCACUGGCUCCCAUCGCCAGCCGUUUUCACAAAGACUUUUGAGUGAUUCAGACGAGACCGCGAAGGCCAAGCACUAACACGCACCCCCCCUCACAGAAACCAAUAAUAAAUAUAUGGUGAUAUAGCAAAAUGAGGUUAAAAAAAACAAGAAAAAAAAGUUUAUAUAAUGUCAUAGAAAUGUUUAUAUCAUUUGUUAGCUGUCUGUUCUAUAACCUUGCUUGUGUCGUCAAACUCUUAUUGUGUUAACCAUAGCCUUUUUUGGAGGAGGAGCCGUAGUUUUUGAUCAGAUAGUUUAGAGCAGGGGUUCUCAAACCUCUCCUUGGGAACCCCGGCCAGAUCCACGGAUUUCAGAUGUUCCACCUCAGGCAGGCCUGAUGCAGCUAAUCAAGAGUUUGAUCAGUUGUAUGAGGUGUGCUUGAAGUGGAACGCAUUGAAUGGUUGGAUCCGGCUGGGGCUACCCGAGGAGAGGUAUGGGAAGCGCUUUAUUAGAGUAUCCACAGCCAGGGUCAGUCAUCAGUCUGUGUGUACCUGUGCACAGACUCAGUUCUAGAAGAUUGGAGAUCCUGUGGUUGAUCAGAUUAGCAGAAAAUGGCCAGAGAAUAGAUUUGUCCAUCCGGUCGGCUCCUGCCCUGUCUGGGGUGUGUGUGGAACUGCAGCUACUGGGGAGGGCAUGGCUGCGUCGAGGUGUGUGCCAGAGCUACGUUCAGCACUGCCCCCCCCCCCCCCCC